AUGCGAGGAUACCGGAUCGUUUACCUCAACACCGACUUCAUGCGGGACACUACCUUUGAUAGCGAAAUCGGUACCACGAUCGCUCAGCGCCACAACGGUUCCUUCGAACUGAUAAUGAUGCCAGACGAGGACAAAACUAUCGACUACUUUUACAGCAUCAUGUACAUGAGCAGUGGUGACUACAUUGCCCUGCCGGAAGUAACCGAACUCUGCUUUAUGGUCCCUCGUAGCGGACUCAAAUCCUUGUUCUGGGUGCUGAUCGAUCCGUACGAUGCGUUCGCGUGGAUCGCGUUUGGAACAUCAGUUUUCCUUGUGUCACUAGUGCUGACCUGCUUCGGAGAGUCAUUGCGACACUACGGUCUCGGACUAGUAGUUCUUGAGAUACUAAUGUCCACCGUUAACGGCCCCACGCACAAGUUUGUCGGACCGUUCGAGAGCCGCAUCGUCGGGUUGUUCCUUUUGCUGUGCAUCGUUCUGAUAUCGGGCUACCAAUCGCUAGUGAUCUCGUUUAUGUCAGCCCCUCGCUACGACCCUGAGUUGGACACAAUGCAGCAGAUCAACGACUCUUGCUUCUUCCAGUACGACGUUUUCUUGUCAAGUUUGGGGUACAACUUUAAAAACAUCCGCGUGGGGUUCGUAGAGGACAACUCCGUGGAGAAUUCCUGGCGCAGGAAAAAGUGCGAUCUGUUGCCCUGCUCGGAGACGAAGGUUAUUAACGUGAACUCGGUCGGAGAACCUACGGAACUCCUGCAAGGGUUGGGACUCUUCUCUGCAGAGGAAUUGGAACUGCUCAAGUUGAAUAUGAAAUACUUUCGCUAUUCAAAGGCUCGUCUACAGUCCCAGGUCAGUCUGUACCAGGUGUCGUUCGAUUCGCCGGCGCAUCAUCUGGUGGAGCGGUACACGCGCGCAUUCAUCGAAGGGCAAUUGCACUAUUUUCCCGUGUUGCAAAAAACGAAACACUCAACCGGUGAGUACUCGCCAAAGGAUAAGUUGGUGGAAACAACGGGCCCUGGAGAUUUGCUGAUUAUUUGGGUAAUUUAUGUCGCUGGAAUUCUUGCAAGUGGGGUUAGUUUCCUUUGCGAGUUGGGCGUGCUGUGCGUGAGAAAAAUGAAACGAGUGCAAUGGAGAAGGUGUUGGAGUUCAUUCAAGCAUUUGUGUAACAGAAGAAGAUCGAAGAAAAGUACCGUUGUGGAAUGUUAUUAA